CACGAUAUACAUACAUCUUUCGUAUGACAGCGACAGCCAGAGCUAAUCUAGUAAAUAUUUAAAAUUACGGGCAAAGUUUCUUUUAAGACAAUCAGUAAUCUAACCUAAUGCAGAAUGGGAAAUGGAAUGAAUAGGGUUCUCCCCGGAUUAUAUGUUGGGAAUUUUCGUGAUGCUAAGGACACCAAUCAGCUGAAGACAAACAACAUCACCCACAUCCUCUCCAUACACGACAAUGCAAAGAAACUGAGAGAUGAUAUAGAGUACAAAUGUAUACAGGCCAGUGACACACCUAAUCAAGAUUUGGCUCAGUUUUUCUCUGAAUGUAUUGAUUUCAUUCAUGUUGCUCGGAUCAAUGGAGGGAAUGUUCUGGUCCACUGUUUGGCGGGUGUAUCCAGAAGUGUGACUGUAACAGCAGCCUACAUGAUGACUGUUACUGACUACGGAUGGAAGGACUGUCUCAAUGCUGUCAGAGGUGCCAGGACAUACUCAAACCCAAACUUUGGCUUCCAGAAACAGUUACAAACUUACUAUGCUGAAAAAGUUACUAUGGAAAGAGAAAGAAUAAAAUCUACUUUUGAACCUGUUCCAUACAAUGACAAUGAAGAGAUGCGAUAUCUUCUGGAUGCUUUUCAAAAGUUUGUUUUACAUGGAGACCCAAACAGAGAUGAUGGGUUGUACAGUCUGCCUCAUAAGGCAUACAAAGAACGGCCAAAGGGAAUAAAUAUAGACUCAAGCAGUGAGGAAGGAAGUGGAUCACAUAGUGCUGAACUGGACGAGGAGUCCCAGAAUAACCAGGUAAGUACUACUCAGGAACCUAACUCUGUAGGACAGCAACCCAGGGAGAACCAGGAUGUGUUGAAGCAGAACCAAAGGUGUGAAGAGCCAGAUGAAGAUUCAGUGAAUGAAAACCAAAAAACUGAAGAAGCAGACAUUGAAGACACAGUAAACCAAAAUAAAGAACCCAGCAAUAUAUCAAAAAUUUAAUGAAAAAUGUAUUUAUUACUUUAUUGAAGAUGCACUUAUCUAUGCAGUAAUGCUAUGCAAAAUCAGUAUUUUAUUUAUUUGAUACAUGUACAUCCAUACAUGUGAUAUAUCAUGUGAUAUUUUUCCUAACACAAAUCUGGCAUGAUUUUGAUCUCAUUUCACAAGUACAGUUAAACUUCGGUAUCUCAAACACAGAUAUCUCAAAUACCAUGGAUAUGUCAAAGUGAUUUGGAAGUCCCAAACUCUUUUUCUUAAAGCAUUUUACCCUCAAUAUCUCGAACCCUCAGAUAUCUUGAAGUUUUUUCUUGGUCCCAUCAAGUUUGAGAUAACGAGGUUUGACUGUAAAUAAACUCAUAUUUGACAUAAAUACCAUCAAUUGGUAUAAUUUGAAAAAUGUCAAUGAAAGUUAACCCUUUAGUCCCUUUGUUUACUCAGUACAUACACAAAAUUUGGAUGUGAAUUUGAAAUAUGCAUGGCCACAAGAAUGUGAUUGUCUAUGCUGGAAAUCUGUGCUUGAAAGCACAAAAUAGACCUGGGAUCUUAGUCCUGGGCAGUUCAAAAACUUAAAUCAGGUGAUAACUGGAUUGGGGGUGAUUGGUACAUGUAAUGCAUCAAAAGAAUGAUUUAUUUAAUAUUAGAAAUAUAUAGUACUGUUAGUUAAAAUAAAAAAUAAACAUCAAAAAGCUGUAUCAAGAUCAAUUUUUUUUAAUUUGAAAAAGAGAUGAAAACAAAUGGAGGAUAGCAGAAUACUAUAUAUAUAAUCAAAAUACAGGUAAUAAACAUGGUCAAAAGCCAUCUUAAAGUUAUGACCACUCAAUAAAUGUGAUGUAUUAUUUAUUUACAUGUAGUUGGCAAGAAUCCAAGAGGAAUCACAUAUCUGUAUUUCUUGUUUAUUAAGAAUAUAUCAGUGCAUGUCUACAGUUUUUACAUAUUUUUGUUAGACAUUUUUAUAUUUGUUUUUACAUCUGAUGUACAGAAUUGAAAAUGUAAUAUGCAUGCAAAAGUAUGU